UCCUCUCUUUCCCCCUCCCGGCAAUGCAUCCCCAUCCCCCACACGGUGGCCGUCUCUUCGGGUGAAAGCUGUCUUCUCUGCGCCACUGGUCCGACGGAAAACGCUGCCGUAGUCAGAGCCAGUCCGCACCGACCGCAGGCAGAGCAGAACGCACGGGAGACAUCACGCAACACACGCACAACACACACGGGGGAAUCUUUUGUAUUUGUUCGACCCAGUGGCUUUUGAUUUGCAUAUCCACUUCCACUCCUUCCUCAUUUGCAUACAGCAAGAAUGGCGAGCGGGCAUCCCACAGACAAAUUCAGUUUCAUGUAUCAACCAGACACGCACAAGAGUAAGAACAGGUUAGCUGCAGCUAUGAAUCCAGUCUACAGCCCUGUUCAGCCUGGCACUCCAUAUGGAAACCCUAAGAACAUGGCCUUUGCAGGCUAUCCAGCAGGGUAUCCUGCCACGGCUCCCACCUAUACACCCAACCUCUAUCAAACAGGAAGUCCUGGGUAUCCACCAGGAUAUACUUCAGCAGGCACCCCGUACAAAGUGCCGCCCAAUCAGUCGAAUGGAGCCCCCCCUCCCUACACCCCCACCCCCACCCCAUACCCAACAGCCAUGUACCCCAUCCGCAGUGCCUACCCUCAGCAGAACAUAUACGCACAGGGAGCGUACUACACCCAGCCAGUCUAUGCGGCUCAGCCACAUGUGAUCCAUCACACCACCGUGGUGCAGCCUAACAGCAUCCCCUCCACAGCCCUCUACCCCGCCCCCGUCCCUGUACCCUCUCCCCGCAACAACGGCAUGGCUGCCAUGGGGAUGGUAGCUGGGACAACCAUGGCCAUGAGUGCAGGGACCCUGUUGACAACGCCCCAGCACGCCCAGAUCGGAGGACACCCAGUUACUGUGCCAACCUACAGGCCCCAAGGGACACCUGGGUACAGCUACGUACCGCCCCACUGGUAGAGCCCACCCAUCAUAUCUGGAGUCCACCAUCGUAUGCAACUGCUCAAAUCUUACACGGGCUCCCAAUGGUAACCAUGGGAACUUGGCACCUGUCUGCAAGAACAAAAACUAAAGUGCAACAGCCACUUUACUAUUAUUGUUAUUGUUAGUAUGCGACAUUCUCUAACGUUUUUACAAAAGCUGCUUUUAUUUUUCUCUGUUCAUUUGCCAACCAGUCAUUACCUUAUUUUUUAUGGUUAUUUUUUAUUUUUUAUUUUAACUCCUCAAACUGUUUUUUUGUUUGUUUUUUUAAUGUGUCUGUCAUUGGAACUCCAGAAGGACUCUUGACCAAUCACGGGUGUCAGUUGCUCCUGUUUCUGUGUUGUGCUGGUGUGUGUGGUCCUUCCUGCUGCUGCUCAGUUGGCUGGAAUAUAUUGGGCACUUAUUCCUCAUUAUCAUCUCCAUCAGUCACUACAAAGACUUAUUGACUUAUGCUGCCAAAGUUCUAACGACUAGAUAUCAGCACAGGGUUUUAACAUUAUGAGCAAUUUAGUUUUCUGGGUUUUCAUUUUUUUUUUAAUCUUUCUUUUGACCACAUUCAACAGAAUUACUAUUUUUUUUUUUCUACCUUUGUUCUUCCUUCCUCUUUUAGCCUUUUUAUCCACUUUGUUUCUUUUUCAGUUUAAUCUCAGUUGUCUUCCAGCGCGUAGCUGUCUGUCUGGCAGUAGUCAGUCCAUCAUCCCUGUCGUUACAUCUCCAUGUGAGUGCUAUGAGCAGAGCACUUAAUGACCAUUACCCAUCCUGCUGCGUGUCCCACUGUGUCCACGUUUGCAUAGUACACACUAAAAAAAAAAACACAUCACUUACUUUAUGCUACAUACUAUGCAGGCUAGUAUGUUGUGACACUAUCGGAAUCUUAACCCUAGCGUAGGUCAAUGCAUUAAGAAAAUGUAAGAAUAUUUAUAAUAACUGUGUCAACAGCGUGGGUGGUCAUGCUCACUUUCUCACACCCGCACAAACACAUAGACAAACACACACAGGGGCUCCUGUGGUGUGUCGAAAAACACAUGAUCACUUGGUGGCACUUACUGCACAAUACCUUCCAGUUAUGUUGUUACUGAUCAACACACACAGAAGCAAACACACACAUACAUGACGUGGAUUUCUAGGGGUGUGCAUGGCAGACAGCGGAAGAGGAGUUUAAAGGGAUUGUGUUGGCGCAAAGAGAGGAGAGCGGGACAAGACGGGGAGAUCAGACAACAGGGAGGGAGGAGGAGGAGAUCACAUAUUCACAGUCCGGUCCAUUCAUUUCAAGGUACAAGACAUUUGAGUUUCUUACAUCUCACCUGCAAGAGACCACAGAAACACUCGGCCGUUUUGCACUACAUGUAUUGUACAUUGAUUCCUCACUGUGAUUACUUGGCCUCCUCCUCCCUUCCUUAUUCCAGGCAAGGACUUUAUAACCAAACACUCAACAAAAAGAAACACAGACUCUUGAGCAUACAGUUAAUAAUGGACCAGUCAAAUACAUGGGUGCUGGUAGAUGGAUAGAGUUCAAUCCACAAGUCCAUUCCACAGUUGUGCGAGUGCUGAAACGACCAAACCAAUGACUCGUGGUUGUGCACCACAUUUAGGAAGACAUGUUGGCCAAUCAGAGAGAGAGCAUUGACGUGUGUUCGCCUGGCCGGUCCGUGUCAUGGUGAUGAUUUGUUGUUCUCUGAAUUUGGGUCAACAUUUUAACUUUGUGGGAAUUACAAUGCGAAAUUGCAAGAGGACUGUAGUCCGAAAGGUGCUGGUUUUAGUGUUCUGUGCAGAGCCAUGAUGAUGCAGUGUCACUUAGUUUUCAGUCCUGUUGACUUUUGAGACUUUUAAGCAGUUUCAUGUAAAAGAUGAAUCUGUUUUGUUCUCUUAUUUUUUUUGUUUGUUCACAUUACUGAAAAGGAAACAUAUCUGCUUUGACUGACUGCAUUUUAAACGUAGAUCUCAUUUUAAAAAGUCCAGCAUAACCUUGAUGGUCAUCAGAUGAGGAUACGAUCUGAGCCGUUAAGACAUAUACAGCCAUUUUCUGUUACCUUUUUAUGCUCAUACAUGUAAAGGCAGUUAUGUGCAAAGGCAGUAUGAUGACCCAUCUUAACACUACAAACAUAACAGGUAGUGGUGGUGGUGGGGUUUAAUAUUUAGGUAAUACUUAGGUCAUAAAUAUUUUAUUAUUUCAGGAUUUACACAAAAAAAAUGACUGCUAAAACGACUUCAUGAUCAGUAGAGUACAGAUUUGUAUUACAAAAAGCAUUUACUGUGCAGGUAUAUAGAUGAAGUGGUUUGAUAUUGCAAUAAAAUAAGAGGGAAUGCCUCCAGCUGUUAACAUACAGUAAUUAUCAGCGUUUUGAAUUGAUUUUUUUUUUUUUAAAUGCUUAUCAUUGUAAUCUUUAAAUAUGGAUUACAGGCUCUGUAUGCAGCCUCCAUUCAAUACUUGUUACAGUUACUGCUAAGAAGUGAAGUAGAACAUAUCAAAAAUUUGGGUAUUGAAUAACUUUGUGAGGAAAUAUUGCACAACAUAAGACAAAAAAAACAAAAAACUUGACUAUAAUGCUAAGUAACAGGUACCUAGGCUUUGUAGUGCAGGAGGGUGGAAGAAGCAAUUUAUAUUGUAAUUAAAUAUAAAACAAUAAGGUUGAAUGUUUGAGGUAUUCUUAGUCCAGAUGUUUGUACACUAGUAGGUUAAUUCUCAAGAAAAUAUUGCAUAAAGCCGCUGUCGGAUGAAAACCGUCGAUCUUUGAGCCUUAUUUUUGAAACAAACCUUGUAUUUUAGAAGAGAAAGUGGUUAAAUAUUAUUGGGUCAUAAAGUGUUCCCACCACGUAAGGAUCUUUUACAUUUGAAUUCAAGCCAAUUCAAUUGAAAAGAAUACAUAAAUUAGUUUUCUUGCGACAGCAGUAGUGUUCCUCGUCAUUAGGAUUUAUUUAACCAGCCACUACUUCUGUCAAUAUUUCUCAAUUAAGUCUUAUGGUUUUUUUUCUUUCUUCUUUCCCUCUGGUCAAUUGAGCGUAAUGGGUAUGCAUACUAUUCAGGUGUAUUUCACUAUAGCAUUGGAUCUCUAAGUUUAAAAAAAAAAAAAUGCAGUAUAUUUAUACAGCAACUGGUACAGUAAUGUAUUUCUAGCUAAGCAUGGUUGCAUCAGUGUGGCAGCUACUGUUUGUGCUUUUAAUAUCUAUAUAUUUUUACCUCUUCUGCAUCUCUGUCCUCUACAUAUCUGUCUCUGAAACGGGGGAGAAGUUAACACGAGGUCUGACAACAAACUUGUGGAGAUUCUCGUCACCAAAUCCCCCGUUUUUAAUUGUUGCCUGAAUUUACAGACCUUGAGAAAGCAAGGGAUUAAUGACAGAACUGAAAUGGAUAGCUUUUUGUUGUUGAAUUAAACAAGGUCACCUUGAUGCUUUUGGAGGCCAUCUUUGCUGUCUGUUUCUUUUCUGUGGUUUCAAAGAUGUAAUGAAUGACAAAUGAAAACCCUCAGCCUCCAUGCCCCUUUGUGCUGUGCCAUAUUCCACGACAGUUAAGUAAAUAUUAGUUUCUUCUCCUAAGUAACUGGUGAGCUCUGAGUCCUUGUUAUGUCUAGCUUCCUGUGAAUCUGUGUUUUCCUAUUGCUGUCCUAUUCCUCACAUUGUUGUUAAUGCGUAUUGCUUUUCUCACUUCUAUCUUACUCUAUCCUCUCUGUUUAUCCUAUUUUCACUUCAGAGGCCAUUUUGCAUCCCUCAAACCAUUCAACCGUUCCGUUUUUAUUUCAUUCAGGGAUGCAACAUGAUGUCAGAUCAUACGUUCUGCUCCCUCUCAUGCUCCUUUAAACCUCUGCUCUGUGUUUUUUAGCCUUGAUGUGCUAUCAGUCUGACCUCUGCAACCCUCACCAUCCUGUCUCAGUAGCAGUCAUACUGAAUUGUAUGAUAGUCUUUAAAUUGGUGUCACUAAUGACCAUGCUCUAUUGUAGUUUUUGGUGAUGGUGAAAUCUCCACUGAGCCAAUUUAAACACUAGAUGUCGCCCGCGACAAAGUCUGGAAGUGGCAUCACUGGUUCAAGGCUUUGAGCCAACACUUAAAAUUCAUAAUUUAUGGGUGUCAUUUACAUCUAAGAAUCAUAAUUGGACGUCAGAUCUUUGAGUAUCGAUAUUUCUUUCUUUUCAGAAUUAAAUGUCCUUUUUUUCCCCCAGACAGUUUUAGACAACAAAUAAGGUUUUAUUUGAUUGCUAAUAAGAGAGUGUUGUUCUUGUCUUGGGCUGUGGACCAAUGCUCUUAACUGUAAUUCCUGUUUUAAAUGUGGAGGCUCAGUAGAGAGGCAGACCCACAGAGCAUUGGGAUCGUAGAAGGAAACGACUUCCACAGAGCGAUUUUUGUUUUUCAAGGUGGUGAAACUGCUCCCUCAUUUCACCUCAUUCCUUGCUUCUCAUUUAUUUUAAUUUGCACUUAAGUUAAAAUGGUCAGUUGGACACUGAUGU